CUUUUUAUACUUGAAUUUAUUGUUUCUUCUUUAUUCUGAUUUUGUUAUAUAUUAUUAUAUAUAUAUUAUUAUAUAUAAUAUAUAUAUAUAUAUUUUAAUUAUAUUGCGUGUUUAUUACUAUUGUUAUUUUAUUACUGUCACCAAACUAUAAUGGGUAUGUCUUCUACAUAUGAUAAAUCCAUUCCUCACAAGUAUAAACUUAAAGUAUUACAACAACCAAGUAAAGCAAGGCUAUGUAGUUUCAAAGAAAAAGUUGAUCGCAGGCCGAUUGAUCCACCUCCUAUAGUCCAACUUUAUUGUACAUGUCAUCCUCAACAACAACAACAACAAUGUCAUUACAACUUUUUACACAAUCCUUACUUUUUCUUGUACGCCAAUCUGACAAGUAUCACCGAUGACACGGAUUUAUAUAUUCACCAUGGACAUCGUACUACGGCAGGUGCUGUGGUGCAGUCUCUCCAUAAACUGAAGGAUACUGACAACAAUGAUGGUGGAUUCUUUGUAUUUGCUGAUGUUAGUGUCCGUUUGGAAGGAAAUUACAGAUUGAAAUUCACCCUAUUUGAAAUAGCUGGUGAACACGUAAAAAGAUUAGUAUCUGUCAUAUCCAAUCCAUUUACGGUAUACUCUCCAAAACAUUUCCCUGGAAUGUCAGAAUCGUCUUUAUUGACGAAAUCAUUUUCGGAUCAAGGUGUCAGGAUAAGAAUACGAAAAGAUACAAGACAUACAAGUAAACGUCAAAGAACUGACAACGAUCCAAUCAAGAUGGAAGAAAAUUUGGAAUCGGAGAAAAGCCCCAAUACACCAUUGAUAUUACCACCGUUACCAUCAUCAUCAUCAUCUAUUUCAUCAAAAUCAAAUCUUACAACACCAUCAAAAUCUGCCAUGUCGAUGCAAAAUAUUCUUUCUCCACCUCUUUAUGAAAAUAAUGACUUUUAUUCUACUCGUACUCUUCCUCCUCCUUCACGUUUAUUUUCCCAUCCACUUCCUCCAGUUUUACCACCUCAAUUUCCUGAUUCAUCACCCACUUCCACUUUAUGAUCGUAUUAUCUAUUAUCAUCAUCCAUCAUUAUCAUCAUUCUUUUCUUUUUUUUUUUUAUCUUUUUUUUUUUAUCUUCAU